CUGGUGCAAAGGUAAGUCAGAAGUUACCUUCAGAUAUAACGUAUCUGUUACGGAAGACGACAGACUCUGUGAAGCUGUUCUUCACUGAUUAAGAAAGACACAAAUCAACUGCGAGCUCGAGCUAAAGCAGCCCAGUGGAGCGGGAUGUUGCCUGAUAAAGAUGGACCAAAUGGAGGCGGAGGAGUCCGGGACGGGCCCGGGACAGAAGACCCCUCAGUGACCCUGUUCAGAGAGUACCUGCGGCUGAGGACCGUCCACCCCGAGCCCGACUACGAUGGUGCUUUGAGAUUCCUGGAGCGGAUGGCAGGCGAGCUCGGCUUACCCAUGAAGAAGGUGGAGGUGUGUCCCGAUCGGGUCGUGGCCAUCAUCACAUGGGUCGGCACCAGGCCUGAGCUGAAGUCUGUGGUGCUCAACUCACACACUGAUGUCGUUCCUGUGUAUGAGGAACACUGGAAACAUGACCCGUUCGCUGCUGUGAAAGAUGCGGAGGGCAACAUCUAUGGCAGAGGCUCUCAGGAUAUGAAAAGUGUCACGAUACAGUACAUUGAAGCCAUUCGCAGACUGAAGGCUUCUGGGAAGAGGUUUUCUCGCACUAUCCAUUUAAUCUUUGUCCCAGAUGAGGAGGUCGGCGGGCACAAGGGAAUGGAGACGUUUGUGAAGCACCCUGAGUUUGAGCAGCUGAACAUCGGUUUUGCCCUUGAUGAAGGUUUGGCAAACCCAACCAAUGCUUAUACUGUCUUCUACGGAGAGAGAAACCCCUGGUGGAUCACCAUUCGCUGUCCAGGAAGUCCAGGUCACGGCUCCAGGUUUGUGGAGAACACGGCAGCAGAGAAACUACGGCGAGUUAUUAACUCCUUCCUGGAGUUCAGAGAGAAAGAGAAACAGCGGCUGGACACCAGCGAGUGCUUCACUCUGGGGGACGUCACCACCAUCAACAUGACCAUGGUGAAGGGGGGCGUGGCUUAUAACGUGGUUCCUGCGGAGAUGGACGUGAGCUUUGACUUGAGGAUCCCGCCCACUGUGAACCUGCCGGAGUUUGAAGAGAAGAUCAAAGCCUGGUGCAGAGAAGCUGGUGAAGACGUCACGUAUGAUUUUGCACAGAAACACAUGGAUCAGAACUUCACGUCGACGGAGGACAGCGACCCCUGGUGGCACGCGUUCAGCUCCACCUGCACCGCCAUGAACGUGACUCUGAAAAAGGAAAUCUUCCCCGCCGCCACAGACAGUCGCUUCAUGAGGGAAGUGGGUAUUCCUGCCAUCGGCUUCUCCCCGAUGAACCUCACUCCCAUCCUGCUUCACGAUCACAACGAGUACCUGAACGAGCAGGUGUUCCUGCGGGGCGUCCAGGUGUACGAGUGUCUGGUGCCCGCCCUCGCCAGCGUGGCUCCUCUGAGCGGAGAAGUGUAGAUCACACACACACACACACACAGCUGCUUCACACGUAUCGACCGUAACACCAAAGAUCCGGCUGAUCCCAUAUAAUGAGGAUCUUUAAUGAACUCUUUAAUUAAGAGAAUAAUGUCUUAGAUAUGCUUUUAAGUCUUAAUUGUCUGCACAAUUAUUAAGAAUUGUUUUUAAUUCAUAACACUCUCAAAGGAAAGGUUCACUUAAAAUGAACAUCAUGUCAUCAUUCGCUCUCCCUCGUGUCGUUCCGGACCUGUAUGAGUUUCCUCAGCCGAACACAAACCAAGAUGCUUUGAGGAGUGUAACCAGACCCCGUUGACUUCCAUAGUCAUUUUUUAUUUUCGUACUAUGGAAGUCUGGUUACGUUCUUCAAAAUAUCUUCGUUUGUGUUACUCGUACAGUUUUGAAACAACAUGAAUGAUGAUAGAAAGUAGGCGGUUUGUGUCUCGUACAUCUAAUGAAAAAAGGGCAUGAUUUCAGAGACUCCAACCAUAUAGCUGUGCUUGCCAUAGAUGCAUUAUAUUUUUUAAUACAAAUGACUUUGAUGCAAUCAUAUAGUUAUGUAUACUGAAACUGUGUGAGGGUCAUUGAUUACUAUGAUGAUACCACACAAUAAUAAUUAUACACACUCACACUUAUACUGAGUCAGAUCUCUGUGGUUGACCGGUGCUACUUCGUCCUCCUGAAUAAACAGAAGUUGAGAGGUACCAUACAUCAA